AUGGCAAUAGUUAAAACCCCAGUUCUUAAAGUGAUAUUAUGUGGUGAAUACGGUGUUGGAAAAAGUUCCUUAUUUCGACGAUUUAUUAAUAAUACUUUUGUUCCAAACUCAGAUAGAAGAUCAACUUUGGGAUUAGAUCACUUUGAAAAGCUGUAUGAACUCACGGACAAGGACGUCAAGUUACAGCUAUGGGACACAGGAGGCAUGGAACGGAUUGCUUCUGUGACAUCGAGUUAUUACAAAUUCGCGGAAGCGGCUAUCCUCGUUUUUUCGCUAGAUAAUGCAUCCUCAUUUCAUAUUUUGAGUCAACAUUUGUUAGAUAUUGUAACAUAUGCUGAAAAUGCGAAAAUAUUUUUGUGUGGGAACAAGUCAGAUUUGGAGGGAGCUUCACCACAAGUUACUGAUGCUGAUAUAGAACAUUUCUGUGAGCAGUGUCACAAUCUAAUAAGCACUACAUACAAAACUUCAUGUAGAACUGGUAAAGGUGUAGAAGAAAUGUUUACAGAUAUAGCAGUACAACUUGUGGAGUCAAAUAGAUCAAGGAUUGAACUGCAAACUUUAGAUCACGAGAGUUUUAAAAUAUCAAAUCCAGAACCUGUAGAUGAACCUUCAUGUAGUUGCUGA